AUGCCGUCAAAAAGUGUGGCCAUACAGUCACUUAAUUUGAACCACAUCUCUAUCGCUCAGACUACAUCUGGAAAGCACGAAAACUCUCAUGGACUACAUUGGGCAAUGGCAUCAGUGUUCGUCGUUGGCGACAUGGUUGGAGGUGGAAUGAUUGUAUUGCCAAACGCUGUCGUUAACGCAGCAGCCUUAACCUAUGAUGUUGACAACUUUGCCGGUGCAUUCUGCAAUGGUUGA